UCUGGGGGAAAUUCUGGGGGAAAUUCUAGGCAGAAUGUACAAGGACGUGGUGAAUUCACGAUAUUGCCCGUGUUUCGUGGUUGAUUUACGGUUUCAGUCUCGUGGUUGAUUUACGAUAUGCAUUGAAAACUACGUGGUUGAUUUACGAUAUGCAUGCGUUGGCAUUUGCGUUGGCAUUUUUGCACAGGGGCGGGGACGGCCGCGACAGAACCAGAACCAGGGAACGGCAGCUUUUGUGAUAUGCACCGGAAUUCUCAUCCGCCUUGUACAGGGUACAGUAACUACGUGGUUGAUUUACGAUAUGCAUGCGUUGGCAUUUGCGUUGGCAUUUUUGCACAGGGGCGGGGACCGGCCGCGACAGAACCAGAACCAGGGAACGGCAGCUUUUGUGAUAUGCACCGGAAUUCUCAUCCGCCUUGUACAGGGUACAGUGGGGCCUGCAGCCUGUCAGUCGAGUUUGAGCUACAGAGAAUUGACCAAUCACUGUUCGUUUUGCGACAGAGAUUUGCCAGGCAGCUACAGAGAUUUGACCAAUCGCGUUUCGAGUUGCGACAGAGAUUUCAGUGGCACUCCGCGUCAGUUACGGGCCGACGAAACGACAACACAAGCGGGACUUUUCAAAAGUACUGGAUGGAUUUUACUGCAGCUAUCACUCAAUUGACGACCAAUCAGCAUCAGGACCAAGACAGCACCAUGCCUCUCGAGCAGAAGAGGCAGUUUUCAGAAGGAGGGUUGAUGUCACCACUAACAUUUUGCACACAGUGGUGUAAGAGAUUCUUCCUUCUCAGAGUCGUAAUUGGGUUGAUGAUCUACAUGAUGGUGAUGGACCAGGACAGCUCCGGACCCCCUGGCUGGCAGCUCCAUCCUCAACCUGCCUUCUUGCCCUUCACACAUGUGCAGAUGAAAGCAGUCGUUUCUGUUCAGCAUUGAUGUGCCCAUAAUGGGUCUGAUGAGCCACAUGAUGAUGGUGAUGGACAACCAGCAUCAGGACCAGGGCGGCUCCAUGCCUCACGAGGACAACCUUGUGUCCUGCCUGUCCAUCCUCAACCUCGCAUCUUCCUGCUCUUCACACAUGUGCAGACACAGAGACAGUUUUCAGAGGGAGCGCUGACGACACCAGCAACUUUGGAUCUGAACCUGAUCAACCCAGCACCAACCACUGUGCCUCUCCUCCUCAGCCAACUGCACAACGUGACUCCACCAUAUCCAAAAGGUGCAGACACUACUCCACUUCCUGCGAAGGAUGAGAAGAGCCGACCUCCCCACAUCUGCACUCGCCACUUUCUACAGGGGUGCCUUUGAGAGCAUCCUCAUCAGCAGCCAGCAGCCACCUAGCUGAAGACUACAAGGCGCUACAGAGGGUGUUGAGGACGGCAGAAAAGAUCAUAAGAUCACCCCUACCAGCCAUUCAGGACCUGUACACGUCACAUUGUUCCAAGAGGGCAAUGAACAUCAUCAAAGACACACCUCACCCACCACACUGACUGUUCUCCCUUCUACCAUCAGGGAAGCGCUACCACAGCAUGCGGUGACGCACAAGCACACAGGGAAACAGCUUCUUUCCACAAGCCAUCAGAUUUUUCCACGCACUGAAGAAAACCACAUUAAUAAUUCAAGGACACCAUCCCAACUCUUCUUUCACCAUGCCACUUAGAUUUUAGUCAUUGCACCUUGUAUACGUCAUCUGCGCUGCUUCACAUCACCUGCAUAACCACUGAUUGUACUCCUGCUGCUGUGUUUGUGUGCAAGCGCGCUGCGCUCAUGUGUGCGUUUGUGCAUUUUUUGUCAAUUAGUAUGUUAAUCUUCUUAUUGCACAGUGUGUGUGUGUGUCUGCGUGUGUGUGUGUGUGUGUGUGUCUGUUAAUCUAUUUAUUGUAUGAAUCAGUCUGUAUUUUUCACUGCUUGUGUGAGUGAAUGUGGCAGAGAAAGAAUUAGUUUACUCCGCUUUGUGUGUCUGUGAGAGAUUUUUGUCAGUGUCUUAUUUUUAUGUUUAGUUUAACUGCAAAUUGGAGACAUUGUUCAAACACAUUUCAAACUUUUAUGCUAACCCUGUUCCAUAAGUUUUUGACCAAGUACACUUGACUGUUUUUUGUCCUUUUAGUGUCUUUAUGCAUUCAGCUGUAGGCAAUAAUCUGCAUCUCUUUACGGAUAUGUUGCAUGUAUAUCAUGUAUUCCAUCUGCCUGUGUACAGUUUUGUGGGUGUGCAUUUGAUAGUGUGUGUAAUGCAUUGCAAUGUCUGUUAUGUUGUAGAUUGGUAGAAACUUUAAUUCCACAGCUAUCUACACAUCAGACAAAUGAGUGCUGCUCUAACUGUGGUAGUUGAGUGCUGUUCUACUGCUAUUCCACUAUGAAUGUGAGGUGACUGUUUUGAAUGCAAGCUUAAAAAUAAAUUGUUACAUUUCA